UAAAUAUUUGUUAUUCAAUCGCCAAACCCUGGUCACACAUGUCUUUUGAUGUUAUAAUUUCGUGUGUGUUUUGAAAUUGAAAACUAACGAAAAAUAUGGUGCAAAAGACGCCGUCAUUCGUAUCCCGCAAUCUAGUCACAAUUGUGAUGAUACCCAGCUUAAUUGGUAUACAUCUGGGAUGGAGUUACAUGCAGGAUAACCGCAAACUAGUGACAAAGGAAGAACAAAUCGACUUGCCACCGGUUACGUUUGCCAAAUUUGUGUACAAUAAGCUGACAGGAGCGCAAGGGGCAUCAGAAAAUGGAGACGUCAAAGGGUCUUAGCUAAAUUUACAAGCCUGCGGUAUCAGAUCUUAAAACAUACAAUCCAUUUAUUGUAUAAUUAAAAACUAAAUACAAAUUAAAUGUUUAUGAUACAUGAAAAA